AGUUUGAUUUGAAAUUUGACAUGCCAUGCAUAUCAGGUCACUGCAUUGCUUGUCCAUUUUGCUUUUAAAACAACUUCACUUUACGUUCUCUCACUCUCCCAUACUCCCUUUUUCUUGUACUAUGUCUUGAAAUGUUUAAGGUGUAAUGGUGUCCCACCUUCAAAGGGAUAAGAGAGUACAUGCUGUAGACUUGACUUGGUACUUGCCAUAUCAUCUGGCAAACACCCAGACUAUCUGAAAUACUGGUUCAAGAUGCUGCCAUGGGAACAUUAAACAAAGUGAAUGAAAGACAUGUGAAUACACUUAUUUGAACAAUUGUUUUUCACAUAUUUUCUGAUUAAACUAGACAUGGUCAUCACCCUCCUCUUUAUGAUUUUACCUUUUGGACAAAAAUAUGACAAAAUGUUUUUGUUUGCAGUGACAAUGGAUGUUUGUGAGGCAUUGCUGGGAACUCUGGAGGAUUUGACAUCACAUGAUUUGAAGACUUUUAAGUGGUACCUGGUCCAGGAUGUGCUGGAAGGUUUUCAACCCAUACCUAGAAGCAGACUGGAAAAUGCUGACAUAUUAGACGUAGUAGAUGAAAUGGAUAACAGGUAUCGUGAUGGAGCUGUCAAAAUCACAGUGAAGAUUCUGAGGGAUAUUAAUCGGAAUGAUCUUGCUGAAAGACUGUUGUAUUUCGUUGGAAAAACAAAAGAUGUUGAGGUACCUUCAGAAACCUGUGACACUAAACAGGAUGCUGUGGUGAAUAAAGUGGUGAAGUUGCUGAAUGAAUUUGAGAAGCCUGAAGACAAAUCAGUCAUCAUAGAUGUAGUCAAGAAGAAGUUGGAGUUAGACCUGAAUAAGAUCCCUCACUAUAAGAUGACCAGCUCGCCCCGUGGAAUCUGUCUCAUCAUCAAUAAUGAAAUAUUUCCUUCUGAGGAUAGACCAGGAUCAUAUACUGAUGCUGUUUCUUUGGCAAGGGUCUUCAAUUGGCUGGGAUUCUGGGUUGUGAUUGUUGAGGACCAAGGGGCACAGAAGAUGCGAGACACACUAAAGCUGUUUGCUGGGUUAAAUCCAAACUCUCUGUCCGAGUUAAAGAACGUGAAGGAGUGGGCUGGUGAGCGCAAGAAGUUUAUCGACCUGGACGGGAUUAUCCAACAUGGCGAUGCCUUUGUGUGCUGCAUCUUGAGUCAUGGCUGCAGCGAGGGCAUCUAUGGAUCAGACGACGAGGUCCUGCCCUACAAAGAGCUCCUCAGCUUCUUCAAAGGGUCUAACUGCAGUGCUCUCAAAGACAAGCCCAAACUGUUCUUCUUCGAGGCAUGUCGGAUCGAGACAGACAAACGGAAGGGGAAAACGACUGAAUCAACUUUAGAAAAGAGCGAUAAAUUGUCUAGUGAUGACAGUGGCAGAUCCGCAAAUUCCCAACGCAAGCCUGAUUACGACAUCCAUGACGAUUCUGACAUGCUAAUUGCUAUGAGCAGCACUGACAAACACAAAUCUUACAGAAAAAAGCAAACUGGGACCUGGUUCAUUCAGUCUUUGUGUGAACAAUUGACACAAGGCUGCACCAGAGGAGAAGACAUUGUGACGAUUCUCACUGAUGUUGGUGGUGAGGUGAGUAAUAAGGAAGACCGUACAUACCAUGCUACGUACGGUCUACAAAUUGCCAAACAGAUGCCUGAAGUUACAUACAGACUACGCAAAAGACUCGUUUUGCCUUUACCUCCACUUGGUCACUAGCACAAGAGCUAUCAUGCUAAGCUACUGUGCUAGCCUGGAAACUACAGUUUAUUACUUUUCACUCCCAUUAUUGACAGAAAAACAAUUUUUUAUCAGGACAACAAUUCUCACUGUCUGUUUGUGGGAUAUCUUGUCAUCUGUAAAUUAAAUGUUCUGAACACAUUUAAUAAUAUAGCUUUUUUUAGUAUUAAAGUAUUAUCUGAUACUGGGAUUUGAGUAGAAUAAUACACAAGGGUAUACAUUUGUGGUGUUUUAUUUUUUCAUAUCAUUCCAUACACUAUUCCACAUAUUACUCCUGUGCUUGUAUAUGGUGUUUAAACAAAUGACUUAAACUUCAUGACUAUUUUACAUUAGAUUAUAUACAGUCCUCUGAUUAAAACAUGUUCAUUCAAACCAGCAA